AUGGAUUGCAGCACCCAAAAGUUCUACCAUGAACAUAACAUUGAUACAAGAAAGCUUGUUGAUGCAUAUUUUUCUGAUAAACCAGAAAUGAUGUUCAAAGACACUUCCCUGAAAUUUCCUAUGGAGAAACUUCACCAUAUUUUUAGUACGGGUAACACUAAAGGAGAGAUUUUAAUUGACGUCAGUACUGGACCGUUAGUUCACCAUCUCUUUUCAGCCUGUGAAUUUUUCAAAGACAUCUAUUUGCUGAGAUUCAGAGAGCAAUGCAGUAUGGAGCUGAACAGAUGGCUGAAUACACGUACAGGAGCGUUAGAUUGGAACCACGCAUCAUCAUAUGUUACAGCGUUAGAAGGAAACAGUGACCAGUGUGAGGACAAAGAAAUGAGGCUGAAGACGGCAAUAAAACAGAUUGUGAACUGUAGCUUUGAAAAAGAAAAUAUCACAGACCCGGUGGUGCUGCCACAAGCCGACUGCAUCAUCACCACCUGGCUGCUGGAAGUCACCAGCAAAGAUGAAAAUGAUUACAUCAGCCAUCUGAGGAAAAUUACAAAGUUACUGAAACCUGGAGGACACCUGAUAUUACUUGGCGCUUUAAAUGGGACUUAUUACAUGGUUGGGCAGGAGAAGUUCCAUGUUUUCAAAUAUGAUGAGAAUUUUGCAAGAAAUGUUCUCUCUGGAGAAGGAUUUAUUAUUGAUCACUGUGAUGUUGUCAUAUUAAAAAAGGUAGUAAGGGACCUCACUGACGUUGAUGCAACUUUAUUCAUCACAGCACGUAAAGGAAACUAA